CUGCCUGCUAUGUGAUCUCUUGGAAAACAUCGUUUCGUGUCUUUCUCUGCUCUUUGAUGAUGCUGAACCCUUAUUUACAUUGUGAUCUAACAGGCGAGGAAAGAUGCCUUCGCAACAACCCUGACUCCUUUUUCUUCCUUAUGCUCCCCCCUCCCUUCACCUCAUCAUCUUCCCCCUGACCCUCUCUUGCCUCCCCUUUCCUUUGCCCCUUUUCCAGACUUCCCUUUCCUUCAACCCCCUGCUCUUCCUUUCAUCUUUCACCCCCUUGACAAUGUUCUCAUGUGUUCGUUGGCUUCAGCCUUUCCUCGCCUUGCUCUCCUCUGCCUUAGUCACUUGGGGUCAAAACUGUCCUUCCAGCUGCAUGUGUCCAGACCAUCACACUGUGGACUGCACCGGUCGAGGGCUCACCCGGUUACCAGACUCCUUCCCACUGGAUACACGGAGACUCAUUUUGUCCAAUAACUGGAUACCUGGGAUUCCCUCCGAUUUCUUAGUUCUCUAUAGUGACCUGGUGUACCUGGACCUGCGGAAUAACUCACUGACCAGACUGGAGCCAGGGACACUGACCAGCUCCUCCAGGUUAGUCUACUUGGACCUGGGAAGCAACAAUUUAACGGAGAUCUCCUCUGGGACUUUUGGAGAAUCGCGCAGCCUGAUCAAGCUUCGACUGGGUAACAACCCCUAUCUGAGCAUGGUUAGCGAGGGUGCCUUUUCAGGCCUCACUUCUUUACGAGAGCUGGAGUUGGAGAGGAAUGGACUUUCUGGCCUGGAUGUCAGAGUGCUGAGCCAGCUGCCUUCCUUAAGAGUAAUACAUCUUGAGGGAAAUCCCUGGGUGUGCAACUGUCAUUUUGCCAAACUGUUCUUCUGGUUGAGUGAAAAUCGUCACAAGCUCUCAACAGGACUGGAGGGAAUGGAAUGUUCACUCCCAACGGACGGACGGCAGAUCUCCCUAAACCUGCUUUCUGAAGAGAGCUUCCGGGAAUGUCGAGGAGUAUUGUCUCUUAAAGACUAUCUCAUCGUUAUUUUCUCUGGGAUCUGUAUAUCCGUAGCUGCCAUCAUUGCCAGCUUCUUUUUGGCCUCCAUCAUCCACUGCUUCCAGCGGCUUAAAGCCAAGAGGACAGAUGAGGAGGAGGGGGACGAGUGAGCUUCAGCCGUUCGUCAGAGCCUUGUUUUUGACACAUUCACCAUUACUGCACCUCACUUUGGAUGACAGAUAGAGCACUAUGUGUCCAUAUAAAAAGUCCCCAGAAUAAUAUAUUGGAGUGUGUGAGGUGAGGCAGAGUAAGCCACCAUAUGCCCAGUGACUCACAACCUCUUUGAAUGAUGCAAAAUUUCGGAGCAGUUUUAUACUUGAAUACGAAUUACUUAACUAAGCCUUAAAAACGUGAACUGUUCUAGUACAUCACUGCAUAAAUGUGUUCCAGGUUCCUGUAUGCAGGCUGUUAAAUACUGACGUACUGAGCAAAAUUAUUCAUAGCAUAUUGUCACAGACUUGCUAUUUUUAUGUAAAUCAGCAAGGUAACAAACAAUCAUUAUUAUUAUUAUUAUUAUUAUUAUUAUUAUUAUUUUAUUUUUUGUAACAUAGAAUUGAGUCUCACUGAAAACUUGUAAGGUUUGUAAGAUUGCACUUUAAGAUAGAUUAUUGCACAUAAUCCCAGUAAGCCAUAAAGUAGGCUGUCAUAUUGACUCAGGUCACCAAAGAAUUUCCUAGAAAUAAGUAUUUUGCUACUGAGACUGGAAUGAGUGGGUGAGGGAUUGAGAUAUGCAUAAUAAAGCUCUAAACACUGAUGUCGAUAGAUAUUUACAAAUUGCCCACAACUGCUUAGACGCCAUGCUUCCCAUUUACAAGAUGAUGUAUUUAUAUUUCAAGCAUAACCAGUGGACAAACAGCAACGUAGGCAAGAUGUUGAAAAUGAAACAAUGGAAUCAAAUGUAUUGCGGCAUCUUUUUUUUUUUUUUUACUUUGUGUACGAUGAAAUAAACGGUGACGCCAAACUGUUAACAAUUGAAAUAUUAUUUUGAUGAAGGUUA